AUGCAGGGUUCCGCAACGAAGAAUUCUGUUACUGAAAACAUUGACAUGGAUGCGGUCAGAUGGCAGUUUUAUAAUACUCAAAAUAUUACUGAACUUAGAGCUGCGCUGGAAACUAUUAAAAUGCUUAAGCUUUAUAAGGAAUAUUUGUUUAGCGAAAAUAAUCCAAUAAAGUUAGUCAAAUGUGAACAUAAAUGGGAGAGAUGUAUGAAUAAGUUGAAAUUUUAUGUAUCUCAGAUGAGAAAACAUGGUUCAAAAUUUACAAUUUCACAAGAUCUGAUAGAUUGUAAACUCUCAGAAAUAGUUGAAAUGGAUAAAUUGAAUAAUUCGAUAAAUAAUCAAACCUCUACUUUUAAUAUUAUUGAACCAUCAACGGAAAAUUCUUGCGAAAUAUUUAUUGGCGAAAAUUCUCAAGAUUCAAAAGAAAAAAUAAAAGAGGAAACAAAAUGUCGUGUACGAUCUCUUUCUAAUGUAGAUACCGAAAAUUUAUCUGAACAUUCAAGAAAAGAGAUUAAAAAUCAAAAAUCAAAUAAUGUUUUGGGUCCUGUUAUCGCAAUUAAUAAAGAUAAUUGUAAAGUUAAACUUCCCUCAGGUAACCAAAUACCGAUCAACAAUUGUAUACAUAAGAAGUCAGUGGUUCGUAGGAAUUGGCAACCUUUAACAUUUCAAAAGCAAGCAAUUCGUUCAAUUGGUCAUAAUCACUAUGAAAUAUUGGAUAAUAAAAAAGAUUGGAAAGAAAAUAGUGAUGGAUGCAUUGAGUUAUUAGAUAGCGAUGAAGAUGAUAAAACUGUUGUAAUUAUUUCAAGUGAGGAUGAAGAAUCUAUAAUAAAGCCUACUAAUUCCAAAAAACCAAAUCUUCAAAUCGAAAUCCCAAGACAAAGACGAUCGAUCAUUAAUUCCGCAUUAAUUGAAAUGAAUCCAUUUGAUUUGGAAGCAAAUGAAUAUUUAGCUCAUGCAUUAUUAGAACAAGAGUUGAAUAAGAAAGCUCUUAUUGAUCGUCGUGAUUAUAAAAUCCAAAGAGCUAUAGAAAUACAUGAAGAAUUGGUAAUAAAAAAAGAUUUACCAAAAGAUAUUGAUGAAUUAGCCUCAUUAAUGUCUUAUUUGGUAGAAAAUGAUUUAACCCUAGAUUCUGAUGGAGAUUCAUCAACACUUAACGUUGAUAAACCACUUUCGGAUAUCUCACAAGAAAUUGAUUCUCGGGAAGAAAGAAUAAAAACAGAAUUAGUGAGAAAGCUCAGUCAAUUAAACCAAUUUAGCUUUAAAUGUGGUAGUGGAGACGUUAACGAGAUCGCUCUCGAUUAUAGUAAUCCUGAAGCACCUAAAGUUGCGGUGGCAUACAUUGCAAAUUCUGAUCCAAAUUAUAAUACCAUGGGCAAUUUACAAUUUUUGGACAUGCCAUAUGGAACCGUAUAUAACAUGUAUGGCCAUCUUGAAGGAGAUGAAAGAUCGAAACAAGAUCUUUGGACCACAGUGACGGAUGUAAAAUUUACUCCAGAUGGAAAAUUAAUCUUUUCAGCUUCUACUGAUUGUUCUAUAAAGAUAUGGAAAACUUGGGAUUAUCCAGAUUUCCAUAAUGCUAUGGAUACAAAAGUGUGUAAAUCUAAAGUUCAUAGGAUUUCAGUCUCCCCAAGACCAGAACGAGGUUCAUUAUACCAAUUUGCUGCUUGUGAAGAUUCCGGUAUAGUUUCGCUUUAUACCGUGAGACAAGACAGAUAUGGGGAUUACAGUAUAACUUCAACUGAAUUUGUUGAAGAAAAAUGGAAAUAUAAUGAAAGUCUCCAAAACGUAUCAAGUGAUGUCAUAUUUGGUCCAGACAAUAAUUUAAUUGCAGGAUAUUAUGGAUCUGUGGGACGAAAAAGAGGAAUAAUUAAAGUUUGGGAUAUAGGAAGUAGGAGGAAAGAAUGUAAAAAUUCAGUAUUUCUUUCAAGUAGUGCUAGUUGUUUGGAUAUUUCUCAUGAUGGAAGGUGGAUAGCAUGUGGAACUACUGCUUGUACAGGAGAAAUUGAGGGAGAUGGUUCAGUAUAUAUAUGGGAUAUUAAAUCAAAGAAAACAAUAACCAGCUUGACAAAAGAAAAGGAUGCAAAUGUGAUUUCAAUUUCACCUAAUGAUCAAUUUAUUGCGCUUGGUGGUACAUCGAAUAAAUCUUAUGUUUUUGAUAAAAGGAAUAUGAAUAAAGCUCUUCAUUUGUUGAAACAUAAUGAUCCAUGUGAUGGUCUACCACACGAUGGAAUCAUGUCUUUGCAAUGGAUACCAAAUAGUAACAUUUUAUUGAGUGGAGGAAAUGAUUCUAUCGUUCGUGUGUGGAAUAUUGACGUGUCAUCUCGUCCAUUGGUUUAUAAAUUUGAAAAUCAUGAUAGCCCAGUUACCUCAAUUAGAAUUUCACCAGAUCUAAAAUUCAUGGCUGUUGGAGUUUCAACUGGAAAGAUGUAUAUAUAUUCUACCAAUGAAACUCUUCUUGAAAAAGGAAAAUGUCUGAAAUAUUUAUAA